AUGGACUUGGACGAGCUUCAGUUAUUCUUUGAGAAUGGAAGAAGAUCUGGUGGAGGAAAAAUUGAGAAAGAAGCGGAAAGGGACACAUGCACAAAUCUUGUUGAAAUAACAUUUGCUUCAGAGGAAGUUGCCAAGCAUGUUGUGGAAAGAUCUCCUCUGACUUAUAAUAACUGCACAUUAGAAGUUUCUCUUAAGCAGCCACUAAAAACAGAUGAGUUGCCCAAGGAAAACACCCAGAAAUUUUCAGCUCAUUCUGAUCAAAGGACUAUUAUUGUUUAUGAUGUACCAAAGGCUUUACACUCUGAUGAGGUGAUGUUAUAUUUUGAAAAUAAGAGGAGUUCAAGAGGUGGAAAAAUCACAGAUUUUGAUUUUGAUAGGAAAAAUGGAAUUAAGAUUACAUUUGAUUCUUCAACUGUUGCAAGAAAUGUGAUUGAAAAGAAGAAUCAUGUGAUUGACAAUAACCCUGUGAAAGUUAGCAUGUAUGUACCUCCUGUGAUGGAAGAGAAAAAGGUGUUGAUUUGUGAUGUAAAUGAAAAUAUAUCUUCUGAUGCACUGAAAAAUUUUGUGGAAUCAAAAGUUAAUGUGGAUGUGCAACAUGUUGAAAAACUGAAACAUGGGAUUUGGUUGAUCAGUUUUCCUGACAAAAUUGAUUUUGAAGAAUUAAAACAGAUCUGCAAAUCUCAAUCAAAAAAGUACAUCAGUGAAACAUAUCCUAAAUUCAAAAAGUCCGAUAUUCAUUAUGUCAAAGGAAAAGACAACUCUGUUGCCGAUGCCCUAUCCAGAUUUGAUGUCAACACAGUGCAAGACAGUCCAUAUCAAUCAGGACCUGAUAGCAGAGGCCCAGGAAUGAGAAUGUUACCCUCCCUGGAAGUCCUAGCCAAAACAUCCCUGCAACUGAAAGAAUUUCCUCAAGUCGACCAAGCCCAGCAGCCAACCCAGCACCCAGCAGCAGUUGUUUCAAACAGUCUUUUCCAGGGAUACCUUCCGAAAGUCAUUCGAUCACCACUCUUCAAGGCUCCACUCACUUCACUCUUCGCUACUGUCCCUUCUCCAGCUCUCCUGCACUUCCAGCUCACUCCUGCAGCUUCCAGCACUCCUGCAGCUUCCAGCACUCCUGCCUCUCCUGCAGCUCUCCAGCAGCUUCCAGCUCCCUGCAGCUUCCAGCACCCCCUGCAGUUUCCAGACCCCUGCAUCCAGUGCCCAGCUGACGUCCAGCGCCCGCAGCUCGUCCGGACACACCUGCUGAUGACCUUAUCCAGUGCCCACUGA